AUGGCAUGCCAAGAUCUUCUUGCUGUUGUUGCACUUGUUUUCAUGGUUGUUGUUGGGGCAUUUGCUAUCGAAUCAUCACCUUCAUCAGUCCCUUCCAAGCCAUCUUCACCUUCGAAGUCACCAUCUCCUUCUUCUCCGGCUUCUUCCCCCAAGUACCCCUCCAUUAAGUCACCGUCACAAUCCUCCAAAGGCUCCUCUUUUUCACCAUCAAAGUCCGACGAAGGAGUACCCAAUUCAUCUCAUCCUGGAUCCCCAAAUAGCUCUUCAAGCUCUUCUUCCCCUAGCCCUAGUCAAAGCGACAACCCUAACACCAACAAAGGAUACUCUUCUGAGGUUGAGUCUCACAAGGAGGUCUCAUCCCCUCCUUCACCAACUGCCAACGAUGAAGUUUCUGACUCCCCUUCUCCUAUCCCUAAAAGCACAAGUGAUGUUAUCGAUAGUGAGACCCUUGCACUAGCACCAGCCCCCUCUAAUGCCAUUGAAAUAAGGGCCACCACCUGCAUUGUCAGUGUUGUAACUAUUGUCGGAUUCUUCCUUUUUUAA